AUGUCUCAUCGGCAGUCACGAACAGUGCAUUUCCAAUGUCCGUGCCGGGAUUUGAACCCCGGACAUCUGAUAUGCGAGGCGAGCGUGUAUCCAUUACUCCACGAGCCCACGUUGGAUGCAUCUGAAUUUUCACGUCUGAACAUGCGAACGUGUUCACACUUGAGCGAUGAGAUUAGUGUGCCCGACCCAUCGAACGACGACCCAGUAACUGUCCCGGUUUUGACGAUCGAUCGGUCCGUUCGGCUGGACAGGUUGCCACAUGUCCCCGGUGUUCUGACUACACGCUUUUUGCGACCAAGUGGUUGCUGUCCUUCAGUGAAUGCACAUGCACUCAUAAGGUUGCUGAAAACUCUUCGACCGCCCACAACCGAUUUCUCCCUUGUUGGGGCUCAACAGCGACUGAAACGUGAGGCGGCCUGGUGUAGCACAUUCAGUCGCCUGGAAACAUCAAAACCGAGAGAUUCAGCUGGGUUCCAGACGAGUAAAUUGUACCAAUCGCAAGAUUGGGAAGUACCUGAAAUUCAGUUGUUUGAGAACAGCACAAACGGGCUGGGUUCCAGAAUGCAAGCUGGUGACCAUUCCAUAAAGUGCACUGUGGAAUGGAGACGAGUUGCUGAUAAUUCGUCGACAGCCCACGACCAGUGUCACCCUUCUUGGGGAUCAUCAGGUAGGGGCAGCCCUCAAGUUCUACUUGUGACCAAAUUGCACGAAAUUAGCGAAAUACACUCAUUUUUGAGGGGUUCGAAUAUCGUAGCGACUGAAACAUGA